CGCCGCUACCUCCUGCACUUCCUGUGUACUUGUCUGAAGGGGUGCAGGUUGUAAUCUUUAUUUUGUUGUUUCUCCACAUGACAACUGAUGCCGGAAUAAUUUAGUAAGAAACUUGCAUCUUAAGGAUUCAAAGAUGGCACUGACAAAGGGCUUGUUGUUGCGCUCCCUCAGUGUAGCCGGCUUUCAGUCGACGAAAUUGACGAGUCAGUUGGUCGUCCCUGCUACUCCGCUCGUCGUGCAAGCUGCAACCAUCACUAGAGGCCCAAAGAAAUGGCCGAAGUACCCCUUCCCGUACAAGAGACUGAGAUACAGAAUGUGUUACAGACUAUUUUGGCGUGGAAACGGUAAUCUAGUUCCUAACGAAUCGAAGGUUAUCGUUGUCGACGGCAACGCUGCGGUUGGAAAAUCCGAAUUUGCGAAGGAGUUGGCAGAAAGAUUGGACUUCAAAAUGUUCGAUGAACCCGAGGAACUCUUCUCGCGAUAUUAUACCUGGGCUGGACAGCCUGAUGAUCCAAAGGCUAUGAGUCCAAAAGAUGCUCAGACCUACCAUUUUCCGCAGUUUUUUUCUGAUCCUGGCCGCAAUAGAGGGGCGUGUAUUGGGCUGCAGUUGGAGUUGUUCAAGUUGCGAUAUUUUCAUUAUUGUAAAGCGUUGAACCACCUUUACAGCACAGGCCAAGGUGUUGUGCUAGUGCGUUCCCCAUUUAGUGACAGAGCAUUCGUGGAGACCUACUUUGAUCUAGGCUUACUGCCAGGAGCCGAUUGUAAGUAUUGA